GUGUCCGUUCGCAUGACAGCAGAGGGGAGCGAGGUGCACGUGACAGCCGAUCGGAGCCGGUGCGGGUCAUAUGAUCGGAGAGGGGCGGGGCCGAGCAGCGGCGGCCGGUGAGGAAGAUGAACGCGGAGCGGGACCUGUCCCCGCUCACCCCCAACAUCGUUCGGGCCCUGACCGACAAGAUGUACGAGAAGAGGAAGGUGGCGGCUCUGGAGAUCGAGAAGUUGGUCCGGGAGUUCGUUGCGCAGAGUAACACGGUGCAGAUCAAACAUGUGAUUCUGAUCCUGUCUCAGGAGUUUGCGCUCUCCCAGCACCCACACAGCCGGAAGGGUGGGCUCAUCGGACUGGCAGCCUGCUCCAUUGCCCUGGGAAAGGACUCCGGUCAGUAUCUGCGGGAACUUAUAGAGCCUGUUCUCACCUGCUUCAAUGAUGCAGACAGUCGACUACGGUAUUACGCCUGUGAGGCUCUGUACAACAUCGUCAAAGUGGCACGAGGCUCCGUCCUGCCUCACUUCAACGUUUUGUUCGAUGGACUCAGCAAGCUCGCCGCUGACCCGGACCCAAACGUGAAGAGCGGGUCUGAGCUUCUGGACCGACUACUGAAGGAUAUUGUGACGGAAAGUAACAAGUUUGAUCUGGUCAGUUUCGUUCCUCUUCUGCGUGAGAGAAUCUACUCCAACAACCAAUACGCCCGACAGUUCAUCAUCUCCUGGAUUCUGGUGUUGGAGUCGGUUCCAGACAUUAAUCUUUUGGAGUAUUUGCCAGAAAUUCUGGAUGGACUCUUCCAGAUCCUUGGAGAUAACAGUAAAGAGAUCCGGAAGAUGUGUGAGGUCUCCCUGGGAGAAUUCUUGAAGGAAAUAAAGAAGCUUCCGGAAAGUGUGAAGUUUGCGGAAAUGGCCAAUAUCCUCGUCAUUCACUGCCAGUCCUCAGAUGAUCUGAUCCAGCUCACUGCCAUGUCCUGGAUCAGGGAGUUCCUGCAGCUGGCGGGAAGGGUGAUGCUUCCUUAUUCUUCUGGGAUUCUGACCGCCGUGCUGCCCUGCCUGUCUUACGAUGACCGCAAGAAGAACAUUAAGGAGGUGGCGAACGUUUGUAAUCAGACCCUGAUGAAGCUGAUCACCCCGGAAGAUGACGAGACGGACGACAUAACUCUUUUACCAAGUGUGCCACCCGAGGAGGAUUCCAGCACACACCCGGAGACUGACGGACAAGGAGCUCUGGACGCCACUGCAGACUCCAGCCCGGAUAACGUCAACGUGCUGGCCCCCAGGAGCUCCCUGGCCAGUAUUGUGACUCUGAAUCUGGAUGGGAUUGUGCAGGUUUUGGAUCGGCACCUCCAUGAGCCCACCACGGGGAUGAUGACCCGGAUCUGUGUACUGAAAUGGCUCUAUCACCUGUACAUCAAGACUCCACGUAAGAUGUUCCGUCACACAGACAGUCUGUUCCCCAUCCUGCUGAGGACGUUGUCUGACGAAUCCGACGAGGUCAUUUUGAAGGAUCUGGAGGUCCUGGCUGAGAUCGCCUCCUCCCCAGCUGGCCAAACGGAUCCCAACAAUGACGGCAGCGAACUCUUCUCCGGUCAGUCUACACUGUGUGUACCGCCCCCAGCCCGAGGUGAGGGUGCCCGAGGCCUGGAGAGCUCACCAUCCACCCCCACUAUGAACUCCUACUUCCAUCGCUUCAUGGUCAACCUGCUGAAGAGGUUCAGUAGUGAGCGGAGACUGCUGGAGACCCGAGGGGCCUUUAUCAUCAGACAGCUCAGUCUUCUGCUGAAUGCAGAGAACAUCUUCCACUCCAUGGCGGACAUCUUGCUGCGGGAGGAGGAUCUGAAGUUUGCGUCCACCAUGGUGCAGAAUCUGAACAGCAUCCUGCUGACCUCCUCUGAACUCUUCCAGCUCCGCAGUCAACUGAAAGACCUCCAGACGCCGGAGAGCUGUGACCUGUUCUGCUGUCUGUACCGCUCAUGGUGUCACAGCCCCGUGGCCACCGUGUCCCUGUGUUUCCUUACUCAGAACUACAAGCAUGCGUAUCACCUCAUCCAGAAGUUUGGUGACCUGGAGGUGACGGUGGAUUUCCUGAUUGAGGUGGACAAGCUGGUACAGCUGAUCGAAUGUCCGAUCUUUACAUAUCUCCGCCUGCAGCUCCUGGAUGUGGAGAAUCACCCAUAUCUGAUCAGAGCACUGUAUGGACUUCUGAUGCUGUUACCACAGAGCAGCGCCUUCCAGCUGCUAUCGCACCGCCUACAAUGCGUCCCCAACCCUCAGCUCAUGCGAUCGGGGUACAGCGAAGCAGCUGCCAAAACGUCCCCCACGGACGGCUCGGUGAGGAUAGACUACGAUGAGCUUCUUCAGCACUUCGAGAAGGUGCAAAACAAACACCUGGAAGUCAGACACCAGAGAGCGGGGGACAUCAUGGAGCGACGCCUGGGACCCUGAGGGCCCCCCCCCCCCCCUGAUCCCGGGAUAUCACCUGUUCUGUAUAUAGAUGGAGGGACUGCAUGUCUUCUGGAGUCACUCGUCAUACAAUAGACUGCCAGCUGUUACAGUCCAAGAUAUAGGGGGAACCUGUUUGGCCUUAUUGCUGUAUAAAGAAGGUAAUACUGCCCUGUGUAACAGAGGCAAUAAUUCCACCCGGUUUUAGGCAAGAGGGGGUCACAUAGACCUUAAUAUUGUGUUAAUAAAGGCAACAUACAACAAGAACAGCUACAGGUCAUAAGGGUUGUCCCUUGGACUAUGGAUAUGAAGACUGGGUGCAUGUACAGCUCUACCAGUGCCCCAUCCUUUUCAUUAGUGAGGGGGUGACACAAGAACUCUUUGGUCCUGUUCACUGUUAGAGCCGGUUCACACAGGGGCGGCACGACUUCGGGGGCGACUCGGCCAGGCGACCUGAAGACGACUUCCAAG